AGGUAUCUAUAUGUAAAAAGCCAUCCUUUCAUCGUCUUCCCCCUCCGUUGCAAGCCCUAAUUUGGAGAGCGUGAGAGAGAGAGAUGUUCUUCCACAUAACUUUGGAGCGCAACAUGCAGCUCCACCCACGUCACUUCGGUCCCCACCUCCGCGACAAGCUCGUCGCCAAGCUUAUGAAGGACGUCGAGGGCACCUGCAGUGGGCGGCACGGGUUCGUGGUGGCCAUCACGGGGGUGGAGGACAUCGGGAAGGGGCUCAUCCGCGAGGGCACUGGCUUCGUCACCUUCCCCGUCAAGUAUCAGGCCGUGGUCUUCCGCCCGUUCAAGGGCGAGAUCCUUGAGGCCGUCGUCACCAUGGUCAACAAGAUGGGUUUCUUUGCCGAAGCAGGGCCUGUCCAGAUCUUCGUAUCGAAUCAUUUGAUCCCAGAUGAUAUGGAGUUCCAGUCUGGAGAUAUGCCAAAUUACACAACAUCUGAUGGAUCUGUCAAAAUUCAGAAAGACAGCGAGGUUCGAUUAAAGAUUAUUGGGACUCGUGUUGAUGCCACAGAAAUUUUUUGCAUUGGCACCAUAAAAGAUGAUUUCUUGGGUGUCAUCAAUGAUCCUGGUGCUUCUGCUUAAUCAGCCAUCAUUAGGUUCCCCCACUUUGCAACUGCUAUGAUGUGGUGCCGCAUGAAUUUUUCUGUUGUUAGAUUAUAACUUAUGUGAAAACUUGGCCGAAUAUGUCGCAUAAUUGUGGAGUUUUGCUACUUUUAGUUGGCUAGGAUAUCUUACAUUAAUUUUUGUGUAUAUGGAGCUUCAACCUUCCUAAUUUUCCACAGUGCUGACAUUUUGCAACUUGAAUUCACGAGUAUCUAAUUAUUUUUUUGCUGAA